GCGUUUGUGACCAAUCGUGUGGGGGAUUUUGGUUUAUUAUUAGGAAUCCUAGGUUUUUAUUUAAUAACAGGUAGUUUCGAAUUUCAGGAUUUAUUCGAAAUAUUCAAUGAUUCGAUCAUUAAUAACAAUGAGAUGAAUUCCUCAUUUGCUACGCUUUGUGCCUUCUUAUUAUUCCUCGGUGCAGUUGCUAAAUCUGCGCAAUUCCCACUUCAUGUAUGGUUACCUGAUGCUAUGGAGGGACCCACUCCUAUUUCGGCUCUGAUACAUGCGGCUACUAUGGUAGCCGCAGGAAUUUUUCUUGUAGCUCGGCUUCUUCCUCUUUUCAUAGCCAUACCUUACAUAAUGAAUAUCAUAUCUUUGAUAGGUGUAAUAACGGUACUAUUAGGAGCUACCUUAGCUCUUGCUCAAAGAGAUAUUAAGAGAAGUUUAGCUUAUUCCACGAUGUCUCAAUUGGGAUACAUUAUGUUAGCUUUGGGUAUAGGUUCUUAUCGAGCCGCUUUAUUCCAUUUGAUCACUCAUGCUUAUUCUAAAGCAUUAUUGUUUUUAGGGUCUGGAUCAAUCAUUCAUUCCAUGGAACCCAUUAUUGGGUAUUCUCCGACUAAGAGUCAGAACAUGGUUCUUAUGGGCGGUUUAACUAAAUAUAUGCCAAUUACAAAAACAACUUUUUUUUUAGGUACACUUUCUCUUUGUGGUAUUCCACCCCUCGCUUGUUUUUGGUCCAAAGACGAAAUUCUUAAUGAUAGUUGGUUGUAUUCACCGAUUUUUGCGAUAAUAGCUUUCUACACAGCAGGAUUAACUGCAUUUUAUAUGUUUCGUAUGUAUUUACUUACUUUCGAAGGGCAUUUACGUAGUCAUUUUCAAAAUUACAGCGGACACACAAAUAGUUCCUUCUAUUCAAUAUCCAUAUGGGGGCAAGAAGGUUCCAAACCUGUUAGCAGCAAUUUGCUUUUAACAACAAGGAAUAAUAAUGACAAGUCCUCCUUUUCCAAUUGCUCGUUUUCUAAUACAUAUAAAAUUGCCGGUUAUGUAAGAACCAUGCGAUCAUCUUUUAGUACUCAUUUUUUCAAAAAAGACUCUCAUACUUUACUAUAUCCGCAUGAAUCGGACAAUACCAUGUUAUUUCCCCUGCUUAUAUUGGCCAUAUUUACUUUGUUCGUUGGAUGCAUAGGAAUUAAUUUCGGGCACGAAGUAAUGGAGGUUGACAUAUUAUCAAAAUGGUUAACCCCAUCGAUGAAACUUUUCCAUCAGAAUUCAACUGAUGAAGAUUGGUAUAAAUUUUUGACGAAUGCAUUUUAUUCAGUUAGUAUAGCCUACUUCGGAAUAUUUAUAGCAUCUGUUCUAUAUGGGUCUGUCUAUUCAGAUCGACAAAAUUUGUACUUAAUCAAUUCAUUUGCUAAAAUAGAUUCUAAAAUGAGAAUUCGUUUAGAACAAAUAAUAAAUGUCAUAUACAACUGGUCAUACAAUCGCGGCUACAUAGACGUUUAUUACGAAAAAGUAUUCAUUAGGGGUGUACGAGGAUUAGCUCAACUAACUCAUUCUUUUGAUCGACGAGUCAUUGAUGGAGUUACUAAUGGGAUUGGCGUUGCAAGUUUCUUUCUAGGAGAAGGUAUUAAAUAUAUAGGGGGGGUCGAAUUUCCUCUUAUCUAUUCUUAUAUUUAGCUUGUGUAUCAAUA